AUGGUGCAGAGAUUCUUCUCAGUUAGGCAAAUUGACAUCCAACAAAACCACCCAACCAACCCUAUUAUGCUUCUCUCUGGUCCUCCUUCAUGUGGAAAAACAUCAUUACUGUUCCAGUUCGCAUUCAACGAAGCCCACAAUAACAAUGGACCAGUCAUCUUUAUCUGCAGCCGGCGCCGGUUAGAGGCAAAACCUCCUUAUCUUUCCCAGGGCGUUGAUUCGUCCUGUGAGACCUUUCAGCGCGUAAAAAUGAAGUAUGUGGAUGAUGAUGAAGGGAUUAAGAAGUUCUUUGCUGCAUUCCACCUGUAUGAUGAAUUUCCUGUGUCGGUUGUUAUUGAUGAUUUUGGAGAUUUCUUUGAGGAAAGGAGCUGCCAACAGAGAUAUGGCAAUCCAAGGGGAAAAGACAUGGCAAUGGUGAGGACACUAGCUUUGUGUCACAAUGCCAUGGUUCAUGCAAAUGAAACAAGGCCUUGCAAGCUUCUGUUAUCAGAUACACACCAUGGAGACUCCCCACGGUUGCUGUUCAUCUACAAACGGUGGGUUUCGACCAUUUUCACGAUUCAAGGUGAUGGCUGUGGAUCGUUUCUUCUAAAGGACUAUAACCAUUCAGCAAGUGGCAGCUCAAGGAAAAGAAAGACUGCCAAGUACUCCAUAGCUCUCCAGAACCUGGUUUUGGAGAAGAUUGAUGAAGAUGGUGGAUAG